CUCCGUCAUCCAUCCCACAUGGAAACCACCACUGGCCCAAACUGAUGGGGCUCCUUCCAUUUCCUCCACGCCCGGUCCCGCACCAUCACGUAAACAGCCAUUGCGACUGCGCUUUUGCGGCUAGCCGACCUUGACUCAACACCAACCUCCAACGCUCUUCCUCCUCUCCCGCUCCUCCUCCUUUGCCUCUCCUCCCGCCUCUUGCGCCCCGUCACCGUCCCGCACAAGACGUCCCGUCAAGCGUCCCUGCGCCGCCAACCGCGCAUCGUGAGCCGUCCUCGAAGCCGCCGACCGACUUUGGGCACUACCAGCUUGGGUGUGUUUCUGUGUGUCUGUGUGUCUCUCUGCGUGCGUGCGUGUGUGCGUGCCGGUUCUGCUCGCAUGCCUCAUCUCUGCGCGACACCUGCUGCACAACCGCCACGCGAAACCCCACCUCAACGACAGCACCGACGCCAGCUCGCUCGCGACGCCCGCCUGUACCCCUCCUUCGUCUCUGCUCCUCCUCCUCCUCCUUCACGGCGCCCCAGCGGACCCCUUUGCUCGUCAAUAAUCGAUGCGGGCAGGCACAUGGGCAACGGGUAGCUGCGUCUAGCACACCACCACGCCUCCCCCACACUCGGUCGCUCGCCACGACUGUCAGAUCCGCCACCGACGACCGGCCUGCUUCUCCUUCAUAUCUACGUCCAACAGGAGUCGCGCGCGCCCUCACCUCCUCUCGGUCGCCAGCCGAGCCCGAAUCAGACGAGCGCGAUCAGCACAUCACCUAGCCGCUCCGCCGUUCCAGCAUCUUGGGUGCGCCUCCGUGCUGCCAGCGAACGCCCGCCUCCCGCCUCUCAUGCGGCCGACCUCGACGCCGCCCAACUGACGACCGACGCCCACGUUACACGGGAGCGCCUCGCCCUUGGCCCAUCUCCCCUUCAUUGGACCUCGCCUGCGCUCCUCUCUACCCAGAAUACGAGCAGACAUUGACGUCCAAGAGCCCUGUUUCGGCAGGGUACCCGAUCACCUGGACGGCAGGUCACAGCGAUCGGCUGCUCCUCUGCCAGCGCGACUCUUGGCCCCGGCCCAAUCACACACCCGCGGCUCGGCCUGUCUGUCUCAGUCCGCACGCGCUCCAGCCGACGACAGACGCCUCCUUGGAGCGCAUAGCACCUCGACCCCCCUCCGUGCCUCGGUGGACCCCUUUGCGCGAAACCGCCUCCACCUUCUCACCGUACGAGGCGCCCUUGGACCAGCGGUCUGACCCCUCUGCCGCAGCUCUGUGCAACCGAGGCGAACGCCGGUGUGGUUCCGCAGGCACUUGGAUGGCCCAGGGAGCCACGCUCCUGAGAGUUCGGAGCGUGCAUAGCCGUCUUGACCGUGCGUGAGCGUCGUUGCAGCGGCAACCGGGGUGCCCUCGAGGCUGCCGUGCCCAAGUCCGACAGAUCCACGAUAUAAGACCCAGGCAAAAUGCCCGACGACAUGGAGGAAACCGGCGCAGACGUCUCGGACCACAUGUCCGACAAUGAGGACGAGUCGGAAUCUUUUCUGAGGGACGACUCCAAGAUGGGCGACAACGACGGCGAGGUCAAGAAGAAGUACGACCCCAAGGACCCCUUGCGGCCCAGGAGGAAGAAGGCGAGGCGAGCAUGCUACGCCUGUCAGAGGGCACACCUCACCUGCGGUGACGAACGACCAUGCAAACGCUGUAUUAAGCGCGGCCUUGCCGACGCUUGUCAGGAUGGCGUGCGCAAGAAGGCCAAAUACCUUCACGACGCGCCCGAGGAAGCCCUCGGGCCUGUCCUGGGUCCAAACUUCAAUGCCACGCGCACGCGGCAGAAUGGCCAGCGACAGGACUCUGGCCAGUCAGACACCAUGUCCACGCCCGCAACAGGGAGCAACUUCCUCACCCAGGGCACUGCCGCGCCGUUCCCCGUCUAUUCAGCCGGCAGCCAGCCUCAGGUUGCCAUGGACGGCAUCACCUUCAACCCCCAAGCCUCGCCCGUGUCGCCAUCCUUCCAGGCCAACAACGCACCGCAGAUGGACAACAUGCUUACGGGCAACACCAUGGACUUCAACGCCUUGUUCGACCCAAGCAACCCGGCCCUUUACAAUUUUGACCUCGAGGGCCUGAAUUUCGGGAGCCAGUAUGCCGGCUGGGAGUUUGGCAUACUCAACAAGAUGGCCCUCGGCGCAGAGACGCCACCUCGCGAAAACUCGAUGUCGCAGACGCCGUCGACAGAGGCCAACUAUGCAGCCAUGUUCGGCAACGGUGCCGGCACCGGCUAUGACACCAUGAUGGGGAGCGACUACUCUGGCAUGGACUCGGGCCCCAACACAUACACGCAGGGCAAUCUUCAGCACGGUUUGCCCCAUGCAUACGCCAUUGCUGCAGGCCCAAACAGCCUAGCCAGCCCCAGCACCGACGCAACCGCGAGCCCCCAAGCCACGAUGGAAGCCUCGCCGGGCACCAGCGCCUUUGGCGGCCUGCCGGGUGUUUCGGUCGCAUCGAAGAUGAAGUCCAAACAGGACAAGCUGACGCAAACGAUUCUCGGAAAGCGACAACGGGAUUCUGCAGCUGUCUACGCGAGCGUGAAGGAGCCAUACCCCUACACGGCCGGCUUCCAUAACAUGAUAUCAGUGAUCAAGGACCGUCUGCCGCUGAAUAAGCUUUUGCUGAUAGCGAAGUCUUUGGGAGAGAUUCGACCGUCGUUCAUAUCCUGUACCAAGGACCUCACGCGCGAGGAUCUAGUAUUUAUGGAGAAAUGUUUCCAACGAACCCUUGUUGAAUUCGACGACUUCCUCCAGCACUGCUGCGCCCCGACCAUUGUAUGUCGACGGUCCGGCGAGGUUGCCGCCGUCAACAAGGAGUUCACGGCGUUGACGGGAUGGACAAAAGAGGUGUUGUUGGGCAAGGAACCGAAUCGAAACGUCUUCGUGCGCCCGGCGUCGAAUGGUGGAUCCGUCGACGGCGAUAGCGGGUCGCGGACCGGCGACUCGACGCCGCGGACCAAGGAGCUGACAGACAACCGGUCGCACCCCGUGUUCCUGGCCGAGCUGCUAGACGACGACAGCGUCGUGCAGUUCUACCGCGACUUUGCGCAGCUAGCCUUCGAGGACAGUCGGGGUAAGGUACAGCGGAGCUGUAGCCUGAUGAAGUACCGGACGCAGGAGGACCUGGACGGAAAGAACGGGACCUCGCGCAAGGACCCAAGGACCGGUAUCCUGAGCAGCCGAGUGACACGGAUUGACGGCGAGCAUGGCAUCUCGCGCAUCGAAAGAGAUGGAAAGGUGAACUGCACGUACUGCUGGACGAUCAAGCGAGACGUGUUUGACAUUCCCAUGAUGAUUAUCAUGAAUUUCCUACCGAGAUACUACCCCAACCAGGAGCCGCACCAGCUCGCGGUAUAGCCUGCGUGUCUCCGUAGAUGCUUUUGCAUGGGUGGUGUUUCUUGCUUUCUUUGUUGAAUUUUGUCGCAGCAGGCUUUUUGCAAAGAAAGCUGCUUGGAAUUGGGUUUAAAUGGGAUGUAAACGGAUUCACUGGGCCUUUCGGGAGGAGCCAGUGGGCAAUUAAACGGUUUGACGGACUGCCGGCGCUUGACGCGCAGCCGGGGUGAUUAUGGGAGCUCGACAAGAUACCCGCAAAUACGAGACGACGCCGAUUCUGCACGCGUACAUGCUGGGAAAGGAAAAAUAAGGGGAAGCAAAUAGCCUUGCUUGAGCAAUGUCGUAAUGUGCUUAUUCGUGAG